CGGAGAUUUAGAACCAGAAUGUCGUUAUUCGCAUGAGUUAUCGUCACACUAGGUAGCAUUAGCUCGAUAACAAUUAGCUUAGCUUCGUAACCUUGAUGACGUUCUGUUGCUCUUCAGUCGUGUGUAGCCACUUGUGCUCGCGGACACAUGUUACCGACCUAAGUCCUUAAACAGCCCUUUUUUGUAGCCUCUAGAAAAACGAAGUUAGCGAACACGGCUAACUGCAGCUAGCUCUUCCCUCCCGACGCUGCUCCCGCGACAUCUGCGUAAAGAAACAGCGUGCAGAGACAUUAUUGAGGAGCAACUAGAAGCAUCUUCCAGCCAGGACCAACAAUCUUGAAGACAUGACACCGGUUCAUCUGCUGCUCCUCUGCUUCAGCUGUGGCCUGCUGGUGACCCGGAGCGAUGGGGCGUGUGCAGAGGUGGACUCUGACACGGAGGCGGUCGCCGGGAAAGGCUUUAAGAUGGGCUGCAUCUCCUGCAAGAAGAGGAGCGAGGUGAAGGCAACCGCCACAGUGGAGUGGUACUUCAAGGCCAAAGGAGAAGUGGACUUUGUUCAGAUCUACACCUACAUCGAGGGCCGUCCCUCUAUCGAGCACGACCAGUUCAUAGACCGCCUGGACUGGAACGGCAGCAAGAGGAGCAACGACAUCCAGGACGCGUCCAUCUACCUAAGCAACGUCACCUUCAACGACUCAGGCACAUACCGCUGCUUCUUCCACCGCAACCUGGUCUACGAAAACUACGAGUACAACACGGAGGUCAGCAAGGUGGUCCACCUCCACGUGGUGGGCAAAGCCACCAGAGGAACGGCGUCCAUCGUGUCCGAGGUGAUGAUGUACGUGUCCAUCAUCGGCCUCCAGGUCUGGCUCCUCAUCGAGAUGAUCUACUGCUACAGGAAGAUCGCAGCCGCCGGAGAAGAAGCUCUACGAGAAGCCGCAAAUGCUGAAUAUUUAGCGAUCGCCUCAGAAAGUAAAGACAACUGUGCGGGAGUGCAGGUCGGCGAAUAGUCAAGGCCUUUUCUACGGAGCCCCCAUUUCUCUUCGAACUGCAUGAAACCAACUUUGGAGACCAACGUCUUGAAGUCAGUACUUUCCUUCCCCGCUGACGGGUGUCUCCAGUAUGAACCAGUAUGAAGCCAGCGCAUGGAACCAGCUGUACAUAGUUCCUGUGUGCAAACGAUCAGCAUGUUCUGCACUCACUCGAUAUGCAUUGAUGAGCCACAUUGUCACGAGCACCAACUGUACAUACACUCCUUGUUUUGGACGGUCAGUCAUAAGCUCACCCGCAGAAGAGAGAUUUUUAAUAAGACAUCAGCACCUCCUGUACAAAUCAUCACGCACAGGCACACUGUUUAUACCAUAGACUGUGGUGAUAGAGCGGAGCAGAGGUUUCCUGUUACCCAGGUAGAGUUAUGGAGAAUGUGCAAUUUUAAAAAAUAAAAACUCAAACACUGACGGUGAUGUUUG